GAGAGGGAGAGAGAGGGAGAGAGGGGGAGGCUGGCUCGGGUUUCAGAGACGCGCUCGGACUGACGGACUGACCUGCGGCACAUAGCGGGAGCGCGCCUUGGUGAAGCAGCGGGACCGACGGAGCAGGACGCACAGGAAUACGCGCAACGUCCCCGAGGAAACCAGGAUCAUCACUGACCCACUGAUGACACUGAAUGACAGAAUGACUUCUAUUUUAACUUUAGUCUAAGUUGCUCAAUCCGAGUGCUGCAAGGUAUCGACUCUGGGGACAGUUUGAAGAAGACGCACAGAGAGGGAGAGAGAGAGAGAGAGAGAGAGACAGAGAGAGAGAGAGACUCUCAUUAGCUCCAAAGUUGCAGGUCCUCUUCUGCAGCUCUUCACCAGAUGAGUAUAGGAGAUUCUGUGUUUGGAUAAAAACCAAAGUUGAAAAGUCUAAAAUGGAACAGGAUCAGAAGUGGGGAGUCUGUGGACCAACGUCCGAGCAGUGGAGGAGUGGCAGCGAGCAGCAGGAGAAGAAAGCUUCACAUCAGCCUCUCUGGAGGUUCUGGAGAGAUCUGUCCGGCGUUACGGUUUGCAUCGCCGUGUCCGUCCUGUGCCUUGGAGUUUGCGUGGUGGUUUUUGUGCGCGCCUCGGAGCUGCAGUCCCGGGUGUGGAGUCUGGAGCAGCGGGACGCGCAGGUCUCCGCCUGGAGGGGGUCUCUGGAGCAGGUGGAGCCCAUUCUCCUGGGGAGACUGGACCAGAUCCUGGAGGAGAAGCUUGCAGCGCGGCUCCCAAAGACACGGGAGGCGAGAGAAGCUCCACACAGCUGCCUUUGUCCCCCAGAUACAACUCUGAUAGGUGUUCACUCUUUGUUCAUCAGUGCAGUGACAGAUGAUUACUGA